UCCGCUGGCCGGGGGAAAGGGUUUGACACAUGCGGGUUUGUUUAGAUUUCAACGCGGAAGAGAUUUUAUUGAAAUAACACCAAACCUCACUGAGCCGCCAUGGGUAAAAAAGGCAAGAAAGAGAAGAAGGUGAAGGGAGCGGAGAAGACAGCCGCCAAGAUGGAGAAAAAGGUUUCAAAGAGGUCGAAACGAGAGGAGGAGGAUCUGGAGGCUCUGAUCGCUGAGUUUCAGAGCCUGGAUGCCAAGAGGACGCAGGUUGUGGAGACAGCCUGCCCUCCUCCAUCACCCAGGCUGAACGCCUCUCUCUCUGCCCAUCCCGAGAAAGACGAAAUCAUCCUGUUUGGAGGGGAAUACUUCAAUGGGAAGAAGACCUUUCUGUACAACGACCUGUUUUUCUACAACAUCAAGAAGAACAGCUGGGUGAAGUCGGAGAUCCCCAACCCUCCUCCCCCCCGCUGCGCUCACCAGGCGGUGGUGGUUCCUCAGGGUGGGGGUCAGCUGUGGCUGUUCGGGGGGGAGUUUGCCUCACCUGACGGGGAACAGUUCUACCACUACAAGGACCUGUGGGUGCUGCACCUGGCCACACACACCUGGGAGAACAUCAAGGUGCCCGGCGGUCCGUCUGGCAGGAGCGGCCACCGGAUGGUCCUCAGUAAGAGACAGCUGCUGGUGUUCGGGGGUUUCCACGAGAGCACCAGGGAUUUUAUCUACUACAACGACGUCUACUCCUUCUCCCUGGACUCCUUCUCCUGGUCCCGCCUCUCUCCAUCAGGCUCCGCCCCCUCGCCACGCUCCGCCUGCCAGAUGACCUCCACACCUGAUGGCUCAGGGGUCAUCAUCUACGGAGGAUACUCUAAAUUGCGAGCCAAGAAGGACGUAGAGAAGGGGACCAUCCACUCAGACAUGUUUGUUCUGAAGAGAGAGGGAAAAGAUGACCAAGAGAAGUGGGCGUGGUCCAGGUUAAAUCCCUCUGGUAACAAACCGCCUCCUCGCUCCGGCUUCUCUCUGGCGGUGGGCCCGGCGGGGCGCGCUGUGCUCUUUGGGGGGGUUUGUGAUGAGGAAGAGGAGGAGACGCUGGAGGGCGACUUCUUCAACGACCUGUACCUGUUUGACACGGUGAAGAGCCGCUGGUUCCCCGCUCAGCUCAGGGGCAACAAAACGGAGAGGAAGCGACGUCGGAGGGGGAAGAAGGGCGGGGCGGAGGCGGAGGCGGAGGGCGAGGCGGAGGGGGAGGAGGCUGGCACUCCUCACGGACCCAUCGAGGUCGUCAAGGAGAUCGUCACGGACGACGGCACGGUGAUGACCAUUAAGGAAGUGAUCCCUGGAGCCGGGGCGCAGGAGGAGGAGGAGGACGAGGAGGAGGAGGAGGAGGAAGAUGAUGGUUCGGCCUCGGCGCCGCUGGUGGAGCCCUGCCCGAGGUCCAGCGCCAUGGCAACGGUGCGUCAGGGGAAGCUGUUCCUGUACGGCGGCAUGUUUGAGGUGGGCGACCGCCAGUUCACCCUGAACGACUUCUACUGCCUCGACCUCCACAAGAUGGACCAGUGGGAAGUUCUGGUCGAAAUGGAUUCUAAGACACAGGAGUGGCUGGAAGAGUCGGAGUCAGAGGACGAUGAGGAAGAGGAAGAGGAGGCUAAAGGAGGGGAGGAGGAGGAGGAAGAGUCUGAAGAGGAAAGUGAAGAUGAGGAAGAUGAAGAGGAGCACCCCCCAGUGCAGGAGGGAGAGACGGUGACGGACUACCAGGUCCGCACUGAGCAGUACUGGGCGGCUCUGGCCCGCACCAACAUGGGACCUGACGCCAAGGACAAGAAGGUGGCCAAGGUCGGCCUCGCCAUGGCCAAAGUCUUCUAUGAAGACCAGUAGAGCGACGCAGACGAGCUGUCUGAGUGACUGUGAGUGUAUUAUCUGUGAGAGAGGAACUAUCAGUGUGAGAGAGAUGAUAGAGUGUGUGUUUGCGUGUGUGUGUGUGUAAAAUAUUUCAUGUUUGUAAUAGACUACAUUGCCUUCAUUUUUAUAAAAAAUAAACCUGUGAAUGACGUCCUUUGGAUUGUUAAACGACACAGUAAGUAUAGUAUAUUGUUUCAAUGCAAAACAUAAUACACAAAGCAGAGAAACAGUCUUUUGUAAAGAAAUUAGAAUAUAUUGGCUGUUUUUCCAUCUUCAUUUGUCAACGUUAACUGUUCAUCUCAAUAAAAACUGUCCUCAUCCUAAUGCCGUCACCAAAUACUGUUUACAUUUUAAACUGUACUGAUAUCAUCACUUCUGAGGCAAGUGUCUGGCAAAAUGAAAUUAAUAUGAUUUUCUGACAACAUUAGAUCACAUAAAAAGACUUCUCAGUCCAGGGUUAGUGCAGAGAAUAAAUGUCAUGUGCCUCUGGGCUUCUACACAUUAAAUCUGCCAGCCAACACAAAUGUUCUGUUGUCACACAGUUUCACAUAAAAUUGUUGAAAUAAAGCUCAACUUUGCAUAGCUUGCACUUUGUGCUGUUAUUUUAGAUUCAAGAAGCAGA